AAAGGGCCCACCUACCUCCCAUAUGAAGGGGCUUAGUUAUUUUACGGAAUUGGGAAGGUCACUAUAUAUAUGUGCAAAUGCUUGGGCAUCCUUUCGUACUACUAUCAUUUUUUACCUUCAAAUAUAAUAUUUCUAAAAAUAAAAGCAAAGAAGAAGAAACUCUCAUCUUGGGUUGAUACUUUUGUUACAAAACAGUUGGAAGAUUUUGAAGAGUAGCAAUGGGUUCAGGUGGGCAAAGGAAAACCACAAGCAUAAAGUCGCGAGAAGGAGAAAGAAACGGAGGAGGCAGAGUAGCUAUUCGCCGUGCCCCAAACUCGAAACCACCCUUCACACUAGGCCAACUUAAGCAAGCCAUCCCACCACAUUGUUUCCAACGUUCCCUCUUAAAAUCGUUCACCUGUCUAGUGUAUGAUAUUACACUAGCCUGCCUUUUCUACUUCAUUGCCUCUCAUGUUAUUCCAACUCUAGCUUAUCCUCUGCCUUUGUUGGGCUGGCCGAUAUAUUGGGCCGUACAAGGCUGCAUUCUCACAGGUGUUUGGGUCGUAGCCCAUGAAUGUGGACACCAUGCUUUUAGUGACUACCAAUGGGUUGAUGAUACCGUGGGCCUAAUCUUUCAUUCCUUCCUUUUAGUCCCAUACUUUUCUUGGAAGUAUAGCCACCGUCGCCACCACUCGAACACCGGUUCGUUGGAUAGGGAUGAAGUGUUUGUGCCCAAGCCUAAGUCUCAAAUCUCAUGGUACUCCAAAUACAUGAACAGCCCACCGGGCCGUAUGGUUUCACUUAUAGUCACAUUAGCAUUGGGUUGGCCCUUGUACUUGCUCUUCAAUGCAUCCGGUCGCCCUUAUGACCGGUUCGCUUGCCAUUUUGACCCAAGUGGGCCCAUUUUUUCGACCAGGGAGAGGACUCAAGUUUUUGUAUCUGAUUUGGGUGUACUAGGGGUGAUGUUUCUCCUAUACAAGGUUGCUAUGACUAAAGGUCUAGUUUGGUUGAUUUACAUGUACGGCGUCCCACUUUUGGUUGUCAACGGCUUCCUUGUCACCAUAACUUACCUCCAGCAUACGCACCCGGCGUUACCCCACUAUGACUCAUCGGAGUGGGAUUGGCUGAAGGGGGCAUUGUCAACUAUGGAUCGCGACUAUGGGGUGUUAAACAAGGUUUUUCAUAAUAUAACAGAUACUCAUGUUGCUCAUCAUUUGUUCUCUACUAUGCCUCACUACCAUGCAAUGGAAGCAACCAAAGCAAUCAAGCCUAUUCUUGGGGACUAUUACCAGUUUGAUGGGACACCAUUCUACAAAGCAUUAUGGAGGGAGGCUAAGGAGUGUUUGUAUGUCGAGCCAGACGAUGAUUCGCAGCAGAAAGGUGUAUACUGGUACAAAAAUCGGUUCUGACAUUCUAAUUCAGGUCCCGAACUGUUAUGUUAUGAACUAAGUGAUAAGUUAUGGAAAAAAUUGUAUUCGUACUUGUUAGUAGUAACUUGUUAGACUGUACUAUUACUUGUAGUAACUAGGAAUCCCAAGUGUUUCCCUCAUUAGGCACUAAAUAUCUCAGUUGUUCUGUUGGAUAUAAAACGAAACUAUUAUCUCUGUAUCUCA